GUGACGACUGAUCCCACAAGUGUCCAGUAACUCCGGCAGCAAUGGCGAGAUCGCGGGCUUCUAGCAGGCGGCUGCUUCUGGCGCUGUGCCUGGGCGCCGCGCUCGUGGCGACUGUGGCCGCGGGAGGCUACGGAGGCGGAGGGCACGGGGGCGGCGGGGGCGGAGGACACGGCGGCUACGGAGGUGGCGGCCACGGAGGCGGUGGUGGCGGCCACGGGGGCGGUGGCGGUGGUCACGGGGGUGGUGGAGGUGGCCACGGAGGCGGCGGUCAUGGGGGCGGCGGCCACGGAGGCGGCGGCGGCGGCCACGGAGGCUACGGAGGCGGCGGUCACGGAGGUGGCGGCGGCGGUCACGGAGGCUACGGAGGCGGCGGUCACGGGGGCGGCGGCGGCGGUCACGGAGGUUAUGGAGGCGGUGGCCACGGAGGCGGCGGCGGUGGUCACGGAGGCGGCGGUGGUGGACAUGGAGGCUACGGAGGCGGUGGUCACGGAGGCGGUGGUGGUGGACAUGGAGGUUACGGAGGCGGUGGUCACGGAGGCGGUGGUGGUGGACACGGAGGUCACGGAGGCGGCGGCGGCGGCCAUGGAGGCGGCGGCGGUGGUGGUCAUGGUGGUCACUAUGGCCGCUAAGUAUCACUCUUCCUAUCUACUAAGCCAUCUCUUACUUUCGGACACUAAAAAUUCCCACUUCUGUACUGUCUGAACAUUGAGUCAAAAUUUUUAUUUCUUCUUCAAUAAAAUGUCGCUUAAACUGUA